AUGGCUUCUAAUAUUCUUAAUCUUAUUGGUAAAACGGCAAUAAUUACAGGUAAAAUAAAGAAAAUAUGUUAAUAAAUAGUUUUUGAGGCUUAAAAUUGAAUAUUCAUGUUGAAAUAAAUAAAACAUAGUCUUCAAAUACGAUUGUAAAUGUAAGAUUAAUAUUCAGGAGCCUCUUCUGGAAUUGGAAAAGCGACUUCUGUGUUGUUCAAAGAACUGGGAGCUUCGUUGUUAGUUACCGGUCGAAAUGAACGAAACCUAAUACAGUUGGUGAAGGAAUUGGAACUUAUUCCAACUAGCGUAGGUUAUAAGCUCUGUUUAUAACAUAUUCUACUAAAAAUAUUACGUACUAUAGUUUCAUUAACUUUAAAAAUGCUACAAACUAUAGUUGCAAUGAAUUUCAGGGUAAAGUGCACUAUGUAGUAGCAGAUCUGUCGAAGGAAGAUCAAGUGAAGUCGAUUAUUGAAUCCUUCAAAAGUCAUUUUAGUUCCCUCGACAUUCUCGUCAACAAUGCUGGCAUCUUGGAGAGUGGUACAAUUGAGAACACGACGUUUGAGUCGUAUGAUCGUAUUAUGACUGUCAAUCUACGCUCCGUAUUUCAGCUGACCCAACUGGCUGUGCCAUUGUUGGAGAAGACUAAAGGAUCUGUUGUCAAUGUUUCUAGCGUUAAUGGCAUUCGGUCUGUAAGUUUUUUAAAUGUUUCUUUAAAGUUUUAAACGUUCUUUGUGUGAUUUUAAAACUGGUAUAUUCUUUGGUGUUUUAUUGUGUUCUUUGACACGAUAAAGAUGUUAUAGACAAAAGUUGUAUUGUAAAACUGUUUCAAUAGAAUUUCAUAUUGUAAUCUUAUUAGUUUUUGAAGUUUUAUUGUAAAACUAUUGCUUUUAGUUCCCUGGAGUAUUAGCCUACAACGUUUCCAAGGCUGGACUGGAUCAGCUGACCAGAUGUGCGGCUCUUGAAUUAGCCCAUAAGGGCAUUAGAAUCAACUCUGUAAAGUAAGCUGAAAUUUUAAUUCUGCAACAUAUUUCUCUUACAGUUGACCACAAAACCUUACUUUGUUUUUUCUUUUAAUUUCAAAUCUAAAAAGUUAUCGUAGCCUGUACUUUCUUUACUUUUUAAACCGCUAAAAGGAUACCUUUUGAUUUACCUUCAAGCCAUAUUUUAUGAACCUAAUAAGCCAAAUUAAGCAUAAACCUUAAAAUAAUUAGUGUUAACUAUAUUGUAGUUAACGUGUCUAAAACAAGCUAGUUCCCGCGUGCCUUAUUGAUUUGAGGCUCGUUGAUAAGACACACAAACUGUAGUCUCUCUUUCAGCCCUGGAGUCACUGUCACCGAACUCCACUCUCGCUCGGGCAUGGACACCGAGACGUACCAAAAGUUCCUAGAACAUUCCAAGGCCACUCAUCCACUUGGUCGUCCUGGUACCGUUGAUGAGCCUGCUAGAGCCAUCGCCUUUUUGGCGUCACCGCUAGCUAGUUUUACUACUGGCGCGUCGCUCCCAGUCGAUGGGGGGAGACACGCUGCUUGUCCUCGUUGA